AUGGCGAUCGGGCUCGAGGAUCUCCCGGCGGAGCUACUGGACAACGUGGUGAUUCUGGUGCGAGAGUUGUCCGAUCUCAGCGCCAUCUGCCUUACGUCGCAAACCUUGCGAGCGGUGGCAACACCGCACCUCUACCACAACUUCCCAGUAACCCGCAGAAUUCUGGAGUCGCUGGCUGAAGGAGGUUCUAGCAUGUUGAGUCGCAGCAACCCAGGUCUCAAGCACGUUAGAAGCGUCAAGAUACAGAACAUUGGACCAUCUGGUCGAAAGGCGUGCACCUUCUUGUGCCGCCUCUUGAACCUGCUCCAGAGGGACAGCUUAUCCACGGCCGCACUCGAAAACGUCGAUGUGGAUGAAGAGACCUUCAGCAGCCUGUUCUCGCAGCAGCAGAAGCUGCAGGACUUCGAGCUCGGAGCGGCGAAUCUCAAGCGCCCAUAUCCUUCCGCAUACUUUGGUGAAGCCGUGUGGGACCGCCUGCGGAGUCUUACUGUUCCACGUUGUGUCGCAAACGCUCACGACCUCGGAUUCUAUCGACACAUACUAUCACACGCCCCGCUUCUGCAAAAACUGAGCCUCACCACUUUCGAGGCCACUAGCGCUGCUUUAUCCGACAGACUGCAUGAUAGCUCUACCCAGGACGGUGUCUUGCUCCCUACAUUGUUUCCAAACAUCGCCAACGGCGCGGCACCGAAACUGCUUCUCAAAGAGUUGGUACUCCAGGACCAGUCCCUUUGUCGACCAGGCCAGGUUCUGACCAAGUCGAUCGAGUUCUCAGUUAUUCAGCAUUUGUCCUUGGUCCAAUGUUCAGACACAGAGAAUCUUUUGGAUUGGAUGACGAGCGAGAUCGAGAACGGUAUGGAGUGCAACUUGCGCAGCUUCCGCCUGGAGCAAAGCAAGCUCGACGAUGAGAAUAUCUUCAACUUCCUAGCGUCAUUCGAUGAGUUGGAAGAGCUUUACAUUGUUGCAUACGCAGAAAUCGAUACUUUCGACGUCGGCUGCUUGGACGGCCACAAAGCUACGCUGCGGAAGUUCGCUCUUGCCCUCCCUCAGUACUGUAGCUGCGAUCUAUCCAAUCAAUGCUUCAUCAACCCUAUUCUGCGGUUCGUGAAGAAGUGCCCAGUACUUGAACAGGUGGCAUCAACGCUUCCCCAUGUGGAGAUGGCCGACGACCUCGAUAGCCCAGCCACCGACAAAUAUGGGAAGGCUCUUAUUGACCUCCUAUGCCUACCGAACAUUAAGUCGCUGCGCAUCUACAACUGGCCGGAGCUCCCACCCGAUGUAUUAGUCGACUCCGCAGACGAUGAGCAGACAGACGUGGAAUUGAACGAGCAAAACAUCCGCACUGGUUUCGAGCAGCUUGCAACCUUUCUUCAUGACCUCCUGGAUCUCUACAGGUUGCAGCUGAGGCAUCGCGACAUCCCACUCAUCGGCUUUGGAAGUAUGGCAGGAUCCUCGAUUUGUGACGGGCAUUUGCAUGAGAAGCUGCCAUCAAUCCACUACCGAGUGAGACAGGAUGAGAACGUGUUUGGGGAAAUGCUGUUCGUCCACGAGACUCUGUAUAUGCACGAUGCACCUGACGAUGGCAUUUGGAAAGUUCGGCCAUAG